AUGCUGCCUGACACUGCGUCCCACGAACCGACCACCUCCACCAGGCGCGCCACCGCGCACCAGGCCCGUCAAGUACGGGCUCUCUUGCAGGAGAUUGACGGAUUUCGAUUCACUGCUCUUGCGUUGGCCUCUGACAAGCACGACAUCUGGUCACUCCUAGCGUCCCCGACCCCUUCGACCAAGUCCACCGGAGUCAACAUCGAGCGCGUUACUGCGAACCUUCUGGUGGUGGUUGAUGCCUGCAUUGACGCAUCCAAUGAGUCUGGACAUCCAGUCGGCCCGUCCCCGGCUGAUCCCGUGUUCUUCAUGGCGUCCCAGAAGCUUUCGGCGAAAGCGUCGACGUGGAUCCAUUCUUGGAUUGGCGUACCGUAUCGAACAUCCCGCAGAUCCCACGAACACCAGCCUCGUCUUACGGGUUUGACCACCAAGAUCGACGCACUUGCUCCCUUGUUCGCGACAGGGGGUAAAGACCAAACCAAGAAGAGAGUCAAGAAGACCUUGAGACCAGUACGCAGAAAUCAAUCCGGCUCCUCGUCCCCGUCACUAUUCGCGAGCCCCGUUCGACAUCAUGAUGUUCGGGGCGACCGCCGGUACAAGGAGCAGAUGGACGAACAGAAGGACAUAGUCAAGAAGCUGCAGGACAGCGGCGAGCGAUACCGAGCCAAAAUCCGUGAGCUAAGGAAACGUGCCAAAGCAGCCGAGCGAGCUUUGGUCAAGAAGGAGGAGAGGCUCGCCAGAAUGAAGCUAAAGCUCUCGAUGAAGGACCGAUCAUGGCAGACUGUUGAGCAGGUCAUAGGCGAUACUCUCCGCUUGAGCGGUACCUCCACUCCGACUACCGCGGAUAUCCAGCGCUAUAUUGUCGAAACACACCUGGGCACCGGCCCCGAGGAUGAGUUUGGCUGA